AUGAUCCGAACGGCAGCAGCAAGAAGCACGAGAGCAGCCACAGUCUCGCGGAGAGGCACUGCCGUGCCCCUCGCUGCUUUCCGACCGAGAUAUGCUUCCAGCACGCAUUUGCCUCCUGGACCGCAAGGCGAGCAUUCGACUGGCGCAGCCAAGAAAGGCUCCAACCUGACGACUUAUGCCGGCAUCCUCGCUGUCCUCGGCAUUGGUGCCUACGUCUACUCUAGCUACAACAAUGCCCCUGCACAAGCUCAAAAGGCCUACAAAAAGAGUAUUGGCGCACUCGAGGCGGUAGGUAUCCCAGUACCUGACGAGAUGAAGGGACUCGAUGUCAAAGGACUCGUUCAAAAGUUUGAGAAGCUCGACAUCAACCAAAUGAAGGAUCUCAAUCUGUCAAAGCUCAACCUGAAGGACCUCGGAGGCGACCAGGCAUCGGCUUUCUUCGAGAAGAUCAUCAACGCCAGCGAGAACUUCACCGACAAGGGCUCCGAAACAGGCAAGGAGCUCAGAACGCAGAUCCGUAACAUCGUGCACGCCUUGCUCGAACAUGCUCGUCACAUCAACGGCGACUUCAAGAUCCGUGCAGACAAGAUCAAGUCAAAGUACGAUUCUGGCGACAAGAGCUGGAUCAAGGAGGCCCGUGGUCUGUUUGAUGACGUGCGCAAAGAGGCAGGCGACGCCGUGCUCGACCUUGGCUCGCUCUCCAAGGAGGGCGCGAGAGAAGUGAAGAAGGAAGCCAAGAAGUGAUCAGACAAUCUGUCCUGCAAGUGAAGCUAUGCCCGCCAAGUAGUCAUUCGCGUUGCACCUCCAUGCACUCUGCCUGGCAUGGAUCCUAUGAGCUCUGUGUCAAGCUUGCUAUGACGUAAGGCAAGACGAGUGGAGAAGACGCGUUCGCCUGGCUGAUUUGCCGCUCUCAGCAGCAAUGUCGUCGCCGCAGCUGAAGCGCA